AUGGCAGCCCUCAGCGCGCAGCUAUCUCGUUCAGCAGCUCCCAGUCUCAAGUCCGACUUGUUCCGUCAUGAGCCUGUGACUGGCAAGAGGGCCGUCGCUGCUGCUCCUUCGGGCAGGAGAUUCGCGCGCUCGUCGCCCACUCUCGUCGCAACAGUCGCACAGUCAUCGCAAUCGCCGCCGACGUCGCUUAGGGACCAGGCUGACGCGAACGCCGCAGCUGCGAUCCUCACUUCCGUCGGCCCCAGCGACACUUUUGUGCAGAGCCUUGUCGCGAAAUAUUCCCUUCCUGCCCCGUCAGACGCCGCAUUCCCUGCGGCUGCAGCUCUCGGGCAGCUCAGAAAUGCUUCUGCAGAAUCAGCCCGUGUUCUGCGGUGGCCCGGCCGCAAGGAUGAGGAAUUCCGCUUCACAGACUUGAAAUCUCUCCGCGCGAUGCUCGAUAAGGCUUUAGAAAAAGGCGCCGCCACAGGGUCCGAGUCGCAGGUGGUUUCAGCAGACGCUCUAGCGGAAUACACGCUCGAAGAGGCCAAGAAUAGUCGGCUUGUUGUGCUUGACGGCGCUAUCCGGCCGGAGCUGUCGGAUUUGACGGGAAUUCCGGCGCAAAUGACGGUGAAGCUGCUGAGUGAGCUGAAUGCGGAAGAAGUGGAGCGAUUCGUGGCGCCGAACCUUGGCAGGUCCUCCGCGCAAGCGGACCUCUUUGCCGCGCUCAACGGCGCAUCCGCCGCUGACGUCCUCGUUAUUGCCGUCCCCGCUAAUGUCAAGCUCCCCAACCAUCCCGUCCACAUCGUCUACGCCUCCUCUUCCGCCUCCCCCGCCCCCGCUUCCCCGCGCCUGCUGGUGGUGGCGGAAGCGGGCGCGGAAGUGGAGGUGGUGGAGGAGUUCGUGGGGGGAGUUUCCGCGGGUGUGGGGAAGGGGGAGUGGGUGAACGCGGUGGCGGAGAUUGUGAUUGGCGCGGAGGGGCGUGUGAGCCACGCGGUGAUUCAGAACCAACCCGCUAAAGACUGCUUCAAUAUCAAGAGAACGUUCGUCGCACAGGAGGAGAGCAGCAGGUACUCUCUGGUGGAGGCGCAGCUGGGGGCGGCGCUAUCCAGGCACAACCUGAAGAUGCAGCAGCUGGGGGCGAAGACAGAGACGCACGUGGACACGUUCGCGCUGGCGGGCGGCAGGCAGGUGCAGGAUCUGCACAGUAGCCUGGUGCUGGAUUUCCCGGGCGGCGUGACUCGGCAGCUGCACAAGUGCAUCGUGUCUGAUGCCACGGGGCAGUGCGUGUUUGACGGGAACGUCAAGGUCAACAAGCUCGCCCAGCAGACAGACGCGGGGCAGCUGUCGCGCAGUCUCCUCCUGGUCCCCCGUGGCACCAUCAACGUGAAGCCGAACCUGCAGAUCAUAGCAGACGACGUCAAGUGCACCCACGGCGCAGCCAUCAGUGAUUUGGAUGACGAGCAGCUCUUCUACUUCCGCACGCGCGGCAUCGACCAGAACACUGCCCGGUCUGCUCUGGUGUUCUCGUUCGCCGCUGAGGUGGUGGACAAGCUGCCGUACAAGGGGCUGAGGAGGCGCGUGGAGGAGACGGUGAAGAAUGCGCUGUCAGCACAGGGAGCCAUGGAGGCCUCUGUUGCUGCCGACCUGCAAGGCGCCACGUCAUAG